AUGGAGCUAUCCCGGCAGGAAUACCCAGCGCUGCUGGCCACCUUGCACCCUAGCCAAGCUAACAAUGUCCUCACCGAUCGCAUUCGUGUAAUAAAUAAGAUCCACUCAGAUAUCGCAGACUUUCUCCAGGAACGGCGUCGCGUGGAGGAGGCAUACACCCAAGGCUUGCGAAAGCUGGCCAAUCGCCCUAGCCUGGACAAUGGUGCCGCACUUGGCGUUUUCCAAAUCCCUUGGCAGCGCAUCAUUCACGCGACCGAGGCACUCGCUACAUCGCACGAGACCCUUGCGACGAAGAUCGAGGAAGAUGUCGAACGCCCUCUUAGGGAAUACAGCACUAAGAACCGCGACAUGCAGUCAAUGCCCGGAAUCCAAAGCAAUCUUGCGGGUUUGGCCAAAAGCAUCGAGGCGGCUCAGGAUAAAGUAGAAAAGGCCAAGAAGAAGAGCACCAAGAACCCAAAACAGCUGGCAACUGCAGUUGCCGCCGCAGAAGAGGUCAGCCAGCAGUGGGAUUCGCGUGCGCCUUUUGUAUUUGAGCAGCUUCAAGCUGCAGAUGAAGGUCGACUCAACCACCUGCGAGACGUGCUCACGCAGCUAGAAACCCAUGAGGUGGAUCAAAUCGAGCGCGGUCGGCAGGCUGCUGAGAGUUGUCUGAAUGUUCUUCUGAACGUGCAGACUGCAGAUGAGAUCCAAACAUUUGCUGCUAAAAUGAAGGGAUCGCGCAUCCCAGCCUCGUCAGCCGUGCCUCGAGGAGAACCUCCCCUCCCCGAAACGCCUCCAGCGCCUACUCAGUCAGCUUUUGAGACUCCAACCACUACGCCGCUGGCACCUCCGUCGCAUAUUCACGACGAUGCGGAUAGCCAGCGUUCAGAAAGAUCAGAGAGACAGACGCCUACUCCUACACCCCCUGCUCCAGAACCACAGCCACGAAAUAUCGCAUUGGGUGGGCUAAGGCGACUCGGUACUGUCAUGGGCAGACGGAAGAGCAUGGUCAUACCGUCAGGUUCGUCCUUCGACAGGAAGGCAGAGAAGAAGCGCAGUCCAUUUGCACCUUUCAAGAGAUCCGAUUCAUCGAGAGAUAUGCAAAUCCCCGAAUCACCUCCAUCCACUGCAGACCGUCCCGGCACAUCGAUGACCGAGGAAGAAUAUACACGAACCCCUAGCGUGUCGCAUGAUCAAACCGCAGGGGAGGCUUUUGCUCCCGCUCCGAUUGCACAGCCAUUCCCAACUACAACCAACGGCGCCUCGCCAGAAGCCCACUCCGGAUUGAUUAGGAAUGGCACCGAUCCUUCGCACGUUGAUUCAGAAGGGUUCACUGAGCGCCCCUCGACAGUAGAUGAAGUUACUCGUGCCCAGAGGGAAGCCGCCGGACUGGAUGAGUCUGGUAUGAAUUUGACAAUCCGUGAUCAACCUAUUUUCGAAGACGAAAGCCAGGCCAAGCAAGCCAUGGAUGAGAUGGCAAAUACUCUUCGCUUGCGAGCUCCGCAGUCUGUUAUGAGACGGAAUGCGGGUACUAUCCGCGGUCGCCGUGACGUUCGCAAUACAGUUUUUAUUGCAAACCCGGGUAACGAGUUGGCUCCUAAUCCACUUGCAUCUGAUGCGUACUCUCCAUCCUCUCCGAUCAGACACGCUCCUUCUAUGAGCACUGCCACGGACGACCAUGCCGUUUCGGACACCACCUCGGUCCGCUCGGGGCACACUACGCACGGCCAGACCUUCAGCAUGCAUCCUGAGCUAUAUGAGCCCGGUCUGAAUGCAUCAAUAAUCGAGACCGUCAACGCAUGGUUUUCGGAGGGCCAGGUGACCAAGUCCUCUGUGAUGGGUGAGCUUGCUCUAGCCCACAACGUUGCGCCAGGCUUUGCAGCAGACUCCUUGCGCAUUCGUCUGGAUAAUUUCCCUCUGCUGGAGAAGGUCGCUGCAAACCCUCACUUCGUUCAUGAAACUAAAGACGCUGGCGAUGAGAAGCGGGGCGAGUAUGAACUGCAGCUGGGCAGCAUUUCUCGGCCCAUGCCAACAGUGGCCUUCAAGUACCAAUUGCAUCUCGACCCUAGCAGCGCAUCCUCUUACUGCCCUGUUGUCUUUAAACCAGCUUGGAACCUGCAGGAAUCCCAAGCCAGUGCUAUCAUUUUCUACUCAUUGAAUUCAGCCUUUGUAUCGCAACCUAUGGAAUCCAUCACUUUAAAGAACGUGAUCUUGACUGUGGGCUUGGACAUCGCCGCUGAAGACGAAAUAACCAAGCAACCCCGCGAGAGUGUUGCGCAUGCAACCAGCGCCGUCAUGCACCCGAACGCUGGCGCUACUUUCCGCCGCAAGAAUUCUACUGUCACUUGGAGAAUACCUGAGCUUGAAGUCAAGGCCCCUGGCUCCGGUGACGACGGCAAGUUCCUUGUUCGCUUUUCCACAUCCACCCCUGGCCCUCGCAGGGGCAAUGUCGAAGCAAAGUUCGAGCUCCACACUACCGAGUCCGCCUCUCGACUUGGCGUCAGUCGUGCUGUUUCGGAGUCCCCUCAGCAAGAAAGUGAUCCUUUCGCUGAUAGUGGGAAACAAUCCCCGGCCCCAGUCAACUGGCAAGAGGUCCCAACCAGCCGCAAGCUGGUUGGCGGAAAAUAUGUCUCCGCUUAG